UUCUUGACAUAAAAAAAAACAGAGCAAAAUUUUAUCAUCGAUUGGUAAGAUUUUCUUAUGAUCACCUAUUAAGGAUCGGGCAGACCGUCCAACCGUCCGUGAUCUUUGACGGAUAUAUACAUUAGUGAGGGAAUAAUGAUUUACUGAAUUUGAUUCAAUGUUUGUGAUAAUUACACUUAUCAUAUAUACUUUUCGUAACGAAUAUAACAGCACUUACAAAUUUAUUUUAAAUUUGAUUCCACAAAAAAAAAGAUCUUGUUAAAAGUUUUUGCUAUAUAAACUAAAACGGAAGAUGCAUAGAUAACACACUAAAAGUUUAAAACAAAAUACCUUUCUAAUCCUCUUUAAGCUUCGAUGGCAAUGGCUCAAAAGGAUAGGAAUAGAUGGGUCGCUCAAAAGGGUUUCGAAAUGAUUGAUAAGCGGCUUCCUUACCGAUUCUUACCUGAUUCAACUGUUAGAGAACCGGUUGCUUCUCGCCAGACGGAACAUAUCCACUUCUUUGGUGGUGCCCGGCCUUUUGUAGGUAAUCCCAACCCGUUUGAGAGGUCGAAAGGACGGCCUAUUACCUGCGACGAGGCGGUCAGACUCUAUGGAGGAGUGCUUAUAAAGGAAUUUCGUAAAUAAGCGGUGUAAACCUCAAGUUAUGUUGAAGAUGCAUGGUGAGUUUGUAAAUAAGUGUGAUACGUUUUAUUUCUGCUUUCGGAAAAAGUGCAGACCAACACAUAUUCUAAAGCUUGUUGUAACGGUUUUCACUUAGAAUAAGCUUUAGAUCACAACCAAGUGUUUGUGUCUGUUAUGUAUCUAGCUAGAAGUACUAUAUGUUAAAGCUUAUGUAAUGUAAAAUGUUACGGUGCUAUAUAUGUAAAGAUAUGCGUCUUUGACUCUUUGUAAACAUAAAUAAGCAUGUAUUUAAAGACUUUAAUAAUCAUGUCAUAUAUGCAACAAGCUGGGCCUAAUAUUUUAGAGACUCUUGUAAAAAAGAAAUGUAUAUAUAUUAGCUAAAUUUGAUUAUUAUUUUAUGUUUUAAG